CACUUCUCAUUAGCCCCAUCAAACAACCAACCACAAAGUAAAACACAAGCAUUGACACGUGGCAAGAAAAUGGAGAGCAAAGAGGAGGAUGUGAGAGUGGGAGCCAACAGAUUCGACGAGCGCCAGCCGAUCGGCACGGCGGCUCAGACACAGGACAAGGACUACAAGGAGCCGCCGCCUGCGCCGCUCUUCGAGCCGGGCGAGCUGGCUUCGUGGUCCUUCUACCGAGCCGGCAUAGCCGAGUUCGUCGCGACUUUUCUGUUCCUGUACAUCACCGUGCUGACGGUGAUGGGCGUCAGCAAGUCGGAGUCCAAGUGCUCCACCGUCGGAAUCCAGGGCAUCGCCUGGGCCUUCGGCGGGAUGAUCUUCGCCCUCGUUUACUGCACCGCCGGAAUCUCAGGCGGGCACAUAAACCCGGCGGUGACUUUCGGGCUUUUCCUGGCGAGGAAACUGUCGUUGACCAGGGCGGUUUACUACAUGGUGAUGCAGUGCCUGGGAGCCAUCUGCGGAGCCGGCGUGGUCAAAGGCUUCGGCAAAGCCCUCUACCAGAGCAACGGCGGCGGCGCUAACGUGGUGGCGCACGGCUACACCAAGGGCAGCGGCCUCGGAGCUGAGAUUAUAGGUACCUUUGUUCUUGUUUACACCGUCUUCUCCGCUACUGAUGCCAAACGCAGCGCUAGAGACUCGCACGUGCCUAUAUUGGCACCGUUGCCAAUUGGGUUUGCGGUGUUCUUGGUACACUUGGCAACAAUACCGAUUACCGGAACUGGUAUCAACCCGGCCCGAAGCCUUGGUGCAGCCAUAAUCUACAACAAGAGCCACGCCUGGAAUGAUCACUGGAUAUUCUGGGUUGGACCAUUCAUUGGGGCAGCACUGGCAGCACUGUACCACGUGGUUGUAAUUAGGGCCAUCCCAUUUAAAUCCAAGUCUUGAUUAUCCAUGAAACCAAACAGCCCCUUAUUGUGUGUGCUCUUCCAAUUUGUGGCCGUACGUCGUCGUCUUCCAAUUUAGAUCAAGGAUUAUCUAAAUUUCUUCUUGUAUUUUUCCUGUUUGUUGUAUGUAUAUUAUAAUGGUGAUGGUUAUGUGGUGUAAUAAAAGAGGAGUUUUUAAUUGUUCAAUGUUAAUGAAAGUCCAACACACCUAAAUAGGUUGGUUGGUUUGUCACUGCAA